UUUAUCGAUCAAAUAAUCUUCCUCAAUUAUGUAGUUGUUUCCAAACGUGUGUACGCGAGUACGAAAGGAGAUUGUGAAAGAAAAUCACUGUUGUCACUGCGUAACACAGCUUUCGUUCUCCUCGUGGUGAUUAAUAGAGAAAGUAAAAUGCAAUUGAUAGAAAAACCAUGUUUCAGUGAACGUGUACAUGAUAACAAUGUAAUCAGUCAUCGUUUUAGAAAAGCUAAAUAUGUUAAAAACUUCACGUAAACGAAAAUGCCCCAAAUGCACACUUCUCGAGCUCUUCUGCAUAUCACUUGAUGUUAUUCUCCUAUUUGCCCUGAAACUGUAACGAAGUCGUGUGGGAAGUGUAGCUCUUUUUUUGCGUGCAAUUUUCAGUGAUGUGUUUUAGAUUAGUAAACUGUUUCUGAUUUCUUGAUUUCACGAAAGAAAAAUAACUCUAUAUGUGAACGGAUGUUUGAAAGUAAAUUUUAUGAUGAUUCUCCCAGGUUUGUGUUUGCUUAAUCACGUCAUGUACAUCCAUGCAUAAUCAUAAUGCACGGGUGAAAAGCUAUCUGUUUAUCAGCAGAUUAACAGAAAGCAACGAUAGUUCUAUAGAAAUACUCUCUUAUGGAAAUUUUGUCAAACUUAAAUUUCAAAAUGGUACAAGCUCUUUGGCGUUAAGAUAGAAGCUUAAUCUUUUUGCAGCAGAACAAGAGAGGAAACUCUUCCGUUGCGACGCUCUAUCAGAGUUUCUUAAUUUAUUCUGAAUAUCUUGGGCAGUAAAUCCUUACAAUGAACGAAUAUACUUUGAAAGACCGCCAUACAAAACCCGCUAAACGUACUUAAUAUGCGAUAACCUAUAACACCGUCCCAUACAAAUCACAUAUUUUCGCAUUUAGUUUGUAUUUCCUUCAUAAUUUGAUUGUUUUGCACAAUGUAACUCCGUUUGAUCUACUUCGUAUUUUGCCGAUGUUUCGCUAAGUGUACGUUAAAACAAGGCGCUGCGAAAUGAAAAGUGCGAAAUCUCAACGACAGGAAGAAGUAGGACGUAAAUCUGUUGGAUUAAGCAGGAUUGAAUCAUUUUGUAUCAAAGCUAAGCCGUAGGCUAAAGAAACAGGUGAUAAAGCUUUCAAUUGGAAGAAACAAUGAAACAAUUCUUUAUUUAUUCCAAUGCGAAACAAAAGACAUUUAGCAAUCGAUGCAAAAACCAAAAGACAAUUAGCAAUUGAUGUUAAAAACACUCUAGUUCAACACCAGUCGUGUUAACUGAGUGAUCCAAAAUCUGCCGCCCGGCAUCAAUCAGUGGAUUCGCCCACCCAAGAACAACUCUCUAAACGCUCAAGAGGAAAAAACAUUCGAGGGUUGAAGAAUUGAAUAAGGAGACCCGACAGGCCACAGGAAGAAAACAUCAAUUUGCACCAGAAGCAGCAGGUGUUUCAUCACACGAAUCACCGAGUUUCACAGAAUUACUAACUUUUUGCAGUCGCGUCAAGUUUCUUCUUGAACAAAGUAAUUCUGGAUAUCUUUUAAAUUCAAUGUCCAGGAGAGGGACACGAAAAUCAGACUGACGGUAUUACCUGCAUUUGAACUGUGUAACACAAUUGAUUGUGACCAAGUAAAAGGUGCAAAAGCAGUUGUUGAGCAUUAAUACCCAAACAUAUCAAGAAAAGCGGGUGAGUUAACUUUGAGGAUUCAGUUCAACACAAACAACUGGUCGCUUCAGUUUGGAAGAGCCGAGUGAGCAACCUCCCCUUGGUGUUGAAAGCUAACUUCAACAUGAAUAACACAACAAAUGACGAAACUGGACCGGGAAACAGUACUGGACAAGAGAACGAGUUGCAGAAAAAUCUUUUCACGGCAUUUUACGUGAUCGUAUUGUUCUUCACAGUGGUGGGAAACACCCUAGUAUGUUUAGCCAUCUAUAUCGACCAACGGCUGCGUAGUCCGACCAACUGGUUCAUUGCGUCGCUGGCUGUGAGUGACUUGUUUUACGGGCUCGCGGGACUGCCGUUUCGAAUUGUGGUGAAUGUGACUGUCUUAUCGAAUCUCAGCUUGUGUUAUCUUUGGAUCUGGAUGGACAUGGUGUGUACCGCAGCCUCCAUAGCUAACUUAGCCGUCAUAUCAGUGGAUAGAUACUUGAAAAUAACCAAACCCUUCAGUUACCAUAGAAAUAUGACAAAAAAACGUUCGUUACUGGCUAUAGGCGGCGUGUGGCUGUAUGCGCCCAUAUUGGCCACGUUUGCUAUAAUCAAAUGGCCCGGAACCAGAGGAGUAACAUUAGACGUUCCGCACGGCCUCUGCUCCAAUGACAACAAAGUAUUUUACACUAUGGCCAUCAUAGUUGCUUUCCUGUCGCCCCUCACUGUGUUGAUCGUCAGUUACAGUUUAAUUUUCCGCACAGCAUUGAAGCAUUUCAACAAAAUGAAGGACAUGAUCGCGGGCUCGAGCAGUAAAGAGGACAGGCGCAAGCAAAGAAGCAUCGUUCGCGACUUCAAAGCCACCAAAACACUUGCCAUUGUACUAGGUACAUUCACAGUAUGCUGGGCUCCCUUUUUCAUUAUGUUCACCAUUUCUAACUACAAUGAGGACUUUCUGGAUCACUUUCCACCUAAGGUGCAAAAAGCAAUCUAUUACCUGUUCUUCUUCAUAUUACCGAAUCUAAACAGCGCUUGUAACCCUGUCAUUUAUGCCUACUUCAACGUCGAAUACCGCCGGGCUUUUAGAAAGAUUAUGUGUUUUUCUUGCGAAGAUUCAAGCGGAGACUACGCAUCUAGGAGGAGAAAAAGCUCAUUAACGAGUUUCUUCCAAGCUAACUUGACAAGACGUGGGAGUCCCCAGGGUUACAUGGCAGACGACAAGAAUCACAAUGAUAGGAAGUCUUUUCUCAGCGGAAUGACUGACACGACACACGUGUAAAGGACUUAAGGCGAGUUUCUUCAAAUGAGACAAAAGAUAUGACGAGGCCACGCAGUGGAGAACUUUAAGAACGAAAACACUACGAACGUUCUCAGACAUUACUUUAGCCGUUAAGCUUAUUGUGUCACAAACAAAUCAUGUAACAGGAAAAAUUUACAGCAUGCAUUCCCUUUUAUUAAUCGAUAGCUAAAAGGCGGCGCGUAACGAUUGCAUUAAACGCUUGCUAGCAAGUAAUCAUUUCUAGUAAGCUGCUAAACACCUGAAAACUCGAGAAAAACAUUUCGUCUAAGUGUACAGCAGCCAAGUCUUUUCCCUGAAAAUAAAGAGUUUUUCUUUGCACCCCCAGCCUCGCAGCGAAACGAAUUUAAAAGAGCGAAAUUAACAACGUCCGCAAACCUUUGUGAUGUGGGUGGGAAAUUGUGAUUUACCAUAAUGAGGAUAAUUCGUCACGGAGAUCUUGCGACAGUGAUGUAAAUGUAAUACGUGAAAUAAAUUAAAAGUCUUAGAAGCAGAGCUCACGUUAAGCCAAUGAUUUUUUAAUCAGAGAAACGCUUUUAAUCGUUCCAGCCGAGUUAACUUUCUCACUCACUAAAAAAUUAAGUUUCUAGAUGUAUAUCUUUACCUGACAUAUCCUAAAAAUCUUGCAAAGAAAUCUCGUUCACAUACUGAAACUCGCUCGUAGAGACAAAAGCAUGUUACCGAGGUUUGCUCGAAUAUCAUAUCUUUCAGUUUUUAAUAACAUGAUUAUGUACAUAUUGAGAGGGCUGCACAGAAUAUUAGGAUCUUGACCAAUCUUCAUAGAAAAACAAUCAUUAAAAUAUUGGAAAUUA